AUGAAAAGAAGUGGAAAGGGAAGAAGAGUGGUGGUAGUAGUGGUUCAAAAGUUGUUGCAAAAGGAAGUGGUGUUGGAAAUUCCAACAAGUACUCUUCAUGUAAGUAUUGCGGAAAGCAUAACCAUCCUCAUUUCAAGUGUUGGAGAAGUUGAUAGUGGUUGCACUAACUACAUGAUUUGUGAUGAGGAGCUGUUUAAAAACCUUGACAAGUCAUUAAAGUCAAGAGUGAGGAUAGGAAAUAGAGACUACUUAGAAGUGAAGGAAAAAGGCAUAGUGGCAAUAAAUAGCUAUGCUGGAACUAAGUUGAUCUCAGAUGUUUUGUUUGUACCUGAGAUUGAUCAAAACUUGUUGAGUGUGGGGCAAUUGGUAAAGAAAGGGUUCAAGGUGAUGCUUAAAGACGGAAGGUGUCUGAUUCUUGACUCUAGUGGAAAAGAAUUGUUUACGAAGUAUGAGAUGGCAAUUGGGCUACCAAUUUUGGAGUUGAACUCGAGGUACAAAGCUUGCUUGACUGGCAAGAAAACAAGGUUGCCUUUCAAAAACUCAACUUUAAGAGCCAAAAAGAAGUUGCAGCUGAUCCACACUAAUUUUGUGGUCUACAAGCAACUCUUUCAUUUAAUGGUAGCUGGGUAUGAGGAAGCCAAAGAUGAUCAAGAGUGGAUGAAGGCAAUGAAGGAAGAGCUAGAAGAGAAGGUUUAUCUAUUAAGGAAGGCUCUCUAUGGGUUGAAACAAGCUCCCAAAGCAUGGAACAACAAGAUGGAUGAGCAUUUGCUUCACUUAGGCUUUGUGAAGAACCUGAGUGAAUCCACUCUCUAUAUGAAUAAGUCAAGAGUAGAUCUAGUCAUUGUAUCUCUCUCUUUAGAUGACAUGUUGGUAACAGGAAGUGAUGUAACUCAAAUUAAAACAUUCAAGAAGGAUAUGAUGGAGGUAUUUGAGAUGACUAAUCUUUGUCGGAUGCAUUACUUUCUAGGAAUGAAGAUAAAGCAGGGUCAAAAUAAGGUGUUUCUCUGCUAA